UACAAAACUUGUUAAAAGCUCUCCCAGCGUUCCAAGUUAGAAAAAACUUUUACGAGGUAUCAGCACUUUUCUUUCAUUAGUGUGGAAGGAAGGAUGAAAAAUACAAAACUGCAGUAGACUUUUAAAGUUUAAAUAGACAGGUCUGAGUGCCUGAACGUGCUCUUCCAUUUUAGUUUAACCCUCCAAAGAAGUACUCUGAUCCAUUUUCACUGCUGAUCAGCAAGGCCAGCACCAGUGAAGAUGGGUGAUUGGAGUGCCUUGGGAAAGCUUCUUGACAAAGUUCAAGCCUAUUCUACUGCAGGAGGGAAAGUGUGGCUGUCUGUCCUCUUCAUUUUCCGAAUCUUGCUACUGGGAACAGCAGUCGAAUCUGCCUGGGGAGAUGAGCAGUCUGCAUUCCGGUGUAACACUCAACAGCCUGGUUGUGAGAACGUCUGCUAUGACAAGUCUUUUCCUAUCUCCCAUGUACGCUUUUGGGUUCUGCAGAUCAUAUUUGUGUCUGUACCUACCCUAUUGUACCUGGCACAUGUGUUCUACGUAAUGAGGAAGGAAGAGAAGCUGAACAAAAGAGAAGAAGAGCUUAAGGUAGUCGCAAAUGAUGGUGUGAAUGUGGAUAUGCAUCUCAAGCAAAUAGAAAUUAAGAAAUUCAAGUAUGGUAUCGAAGAGCAUGGCAAAGUGAAGAUGCGUGGGGGACUGCUCCGUACCUAUAUCAUCAGCAUCCUGUUUAAAUCUGUCUUCGAGGUGGCUUUCUUGCUGAUACAGUGGUACAUUUAUGGGUUUAGCCUGAACGCCAUCUACACCUGUGAGCGAGACCCAUGCCCGCACAGAGUGGACUGCUUCCUCUCCCGUCCAACUGAGAAAACCAUCUUCAUCCUCUUCAUGCUGGUGGUGUCCUUGGUGUCUCUUGCCUUGAACAUCAUUGAGCUUUUUUACGUGUUCUUCAAGGGUGUCAAGGAUCGUGUGAAAGGGAAAACCGACCCCUACUCCCACAGCGGUGCCAUGAGCCCUUCCAAGGACUGUGGCUCCCCCAAAUAUGCUUAUUACAAUGGCUGCUCGUCACCGACAGCCCCCUUGUCUCCCAUGUCUCCCCCAGGCUACAAGCUUGUUACUGGAGACAGGAACAAUUCCUCCUGUCGUAACUACAAUAAGCAAGCCAGUGAGCAAAACUGGGCCAACUACAGCGCGGAGCAGAACAGAAUGGGGCAGGCUGGCAGCACCAUCUCCAACUCGCACGCCCAGCCCUUCGACUUCUCCGACGAGCACCAGAACACGAAAAAGCUGGCGUCAGGACAUGAGCUGCAGCCCCUCACCAUUGUGGACCAGAGGCCUCCCAGCAGAGCCAGCAGCCGAGCCAGCAGCAGGCCUCGACCUGACGACCUGGAGAUCUAAGCUUCUGGAUGCAGUACUUGCUCAACUACGAAACGACGUGCAUCGGAAGAUGCCGUCAGUGCUGAUCUUGUUCCAGUGGAGGUGGUACUUAACAGUCUCAAGCAGGAGAUUUUAACAAUCAUAAAAAAAAAAAAAAA